AUGUCUCAUCUACCGAAGAAACGUCAGGUGCUCCGGUCCCAAGUGACCCGAAUCAUCACCGAAGCCAACAGUCUACUGAGCGGGACUGGAGAAGCCACAUUGGACGCUCUCGAUGUGUUGAUCGAACGGCUUCAAGCGUGUCACCAGCAACUUAACGACGUAGACGCUGAAAUCGAACACAGCGAGAUCGAACAGAGCGAAGAGGAUUUUACGCGCACAUAUGAAUACAACGACCGUGUGAUUACCUGCAUCGCCAGACUGAAAUGCAAGAAGAAUGGAUCUGUACAAACUGGAAUACAGACCACUUCUACGACGAGAUCGACGGCAGUCAAGGUGAAACUCCCUAAAUUGGAGUUAUUGAAGUUCGACGGCAAGCAGCGAAAUUGGCAGGCCUUUUGGGAACAAUUUCAACGGCUGAUCCAUCAGAACGAAGAUCUGACCCAGAGUGACAAGUUCAGUUACCUAAAGUCGGUAUUAGUCGGCGAGGCAGCAGCUGCUAUAGCAGGUCUGCACUUGUCAGCAGAAUGCUACAAGGACGCAGUAGAGUUGUUGCAGCAACGUUAUGGGACGGAAACUGCCAUCAUUCAGGAUCACAUGGAAGCACUUUUGAAUAUUCGUCCCGUACGAUUGUCCGAAGACGUACGCGAGCUUCGUAAGCUCUAUGACAGACUCCAAGCCCACAUUCGCGGACUGAAUGUCCUAGGUGUGAGUGAAGACUCUUACUGUUCACUGCUGUACCCUGUACUGCUACGCUCGUUACCGAGAGACAUUGUGCUGCAAUAUCACAGAAAAUCGGCAAUGGCAUCCAUCCCGGUGGGAGUUCCAUCUGAUAUUCAAGCUGGAGACAGCGCCGGAACGGCAAGAAUUUCUGACCCUGCUGUGAGGCAAUACCGGAAGAAGGUGUCAGACCUACUUCAACUGGUUAGAAUUGAAGUAGAAAGCCGGGAGCAGGCAACAUCUACCCAAAAAACCGACGACAAGGGACAGUACAAGACUUCUCACGACCGGAAACGCCAGCCAACAGCUUCAGUAGCCGCACUGCAGCACUUGGCUGGGAAGACACGCUGCACAUUCUGUUCGUCACAACAGCAUGAGACGGAGAAUUGUGAUUCUGACAUUCCGUUAACGAAGAAAAAGGAGAUUCUCAGAGCUGAGCGGAGGUGCUACCGAUGCACUAAACUUAAUCAUCAAUCCAGGGAGUGCAAGAGCAGGUUGCGUUGCAGGAAAUGCACAGGCCGACAUGCAGCUUCAAUGUGCGAUCCAAGCUACGCGUCGAAAAAAGGAUCGAAAGAAAUUGACGGGGAUCAGGACUCUGUCGCAACGCCAACGACGUCCGUUAGCCUACAUUCAGCUGCUGACAAUUCAAGGAGGGCUACAGUUCUCCUUCAGACUGCGACGGCUAUGCUGGCUGGAGAAAUAUCCACGACACUUGCCAGAAUCAUGUUUGAUGGCGGGAGCCAGCGGUCCUUCAUAUCAAGGAGGAUGGCGAAGAAACUGGGGUGCAAGUAUUUGGAGACCGAGGAGCUUACGGUUGAAGUGUUUGGAGGCCACCUCACAGAACGGAGCUUCAGGAGAGUACGAUUGUCAAUGAGCAGUCGUAAUGGAGAAAAGAGCUUCGAGAUUGAAGCAUUGGAAACCGACAGCAUUUGCGAGCAGAUUCUUCCGAUGAUUGACAAAGAUAUACAAAGCAAGCUGAACGACAAGAAUCUGGAGCCAGCUGAUGUUAUUCAGACCGAUUCCAAAGAGAUCGCAGUGCUCAUAGGAUCCGACUAUUAUUGGCAAGUCGUCAGCGGGAAGGUGGAAGACCUCGGCAAGGGACUGAGGGCCAUCGAAACGUCCUUCGGCUGGUGUGUUCAGGGUCCCAUCCCGACAGGCGGAAAUGUUGUACACUGUAACAAGACGGUAGUGCUGCGGACGGUGACGCAAGAGCGGCCACUGGAAGAGCUCGUGACAAAGUUGUGGGAUUUGGACAGCCUGGGAAUACGUGAGACAGAAAACGAUGAUACGAGGGAUAACGACGUUGUAACGUCGUUCAUGGAGACUGUGGUGAAGGUCGAAGAUGGCUAUCAAGUAUGCCUACCGUGGAAAACGGAAGUGGAUCUGGAGAGCAACGAGGCCGUCGCCCGAAAGCGACUUCAUCAACUCCUGAGGAAGCUUACACGUGACCCACAGCUCAUGAGCGAGUAUGACAACGUCAUACGGCAGCAGCUACGCAGCGGUAUUGCGGAGGUGGCAAGCCCACAUCAAUCAUCGCAGGGCAGGACGUACUACAUGCCCCAUCAGGCGGUAAUCAGAGAAGGCGCCAGCACGACAAAGCUGCGGGUCGUAUUUGAUGCCUCGUCACACGAUGCCAAGGCGAAGUCACUGAACGACAAUUUGGAAAGUGGCCCCAACUUGAACUGUGACCUAGUGGCAUUACUGCUGAACUUCAGGAAAUAUCGGGUGGCUAUGGUCGCUGACAUCGAGAAGGCCUUCUUACAGAUUGGCGUCACCGACGCUGACAGAGAUGCACUACGUUUUCUGUGGCUGAAGGAAGCUCCGACACACGAUCAACCUUUGCCAGACAUCGAAACGUACAGAAUGACCAGGGUCCCUUUUGGAACCACGUCGAGCCCCUUUCUACUGGCAGCUACAUUACAACACCACCUGCGGAGUCUGAAAGACGAAUACCCCGUCACGUGUACGUUGCUCAGCGAGUCACUGUACGUUGACGACCUUCUGGUUGGAGCAGCAGAUGAAGGAAGUGCCGAGAAACUUUACCGUGAGGCGAAGAGCAUAUUCCAAACUGCUUCUAUGAAGUUGCACAAAUGGGCGUCCAAUAGUCCGACCAUGAGGAACCUGUUUGAGGAGGAAGCAACAGCAGCGAUGCCACAGGGUCAAGUGGCGGGUGUACUGAAAGUUCUUGGAUUAUCUUGGAAUCCCGCGACGGACAACCUGACAUUCGCAGUGGACAGUGUCAGGCAGAUCUCCGAGCAACGUAAAGAUACGAAACGUUUCGUACUACAGACAGCAGCAAGGCUGUAUGAUCCAAUGGGAUUGAUUUCGCCAUUUCUCGUAACCGCUAAACUCUGUUUUCAACGCACUUGGCGACUUAAACUUGGAUGGGAUGAAAUUCUACCAGAUGACAUCAGACACCAAUGGGCUGACUGGUGCGACGACCUAAGACAUUUAUCGCGGAUACAAGUACCGCGAUUUUACGAGUAUGGCUUAAGUGACGUCGCCGACAGCAGAGUGCUGCACGUCUUUGCGGAUGCAAGCACCGCAGCCUACGGCGCGGUAGUGUACCUGUGCGUAAGGGACUUAACAGGAAGGACGACGACGACACUGGUUCUGGCGAAGUCAAGAAUCGCUCCACUAAAACAACUGACGCUGCCCCGUCUAGAGUUGAUGGCGAGCCUCGUGGCAUCACGCCUAUUUCAGUACAUCGGCGGAAACCUCAAGCUUGACGUUAGCGGCGUGCAUUUCUGGACCGACAGUAUGAUCACACUCCAUUGGAUCCAGGGCGAUGCAGCAAGAUGGAAACCAUUCGUAAGGAACCGAGUGACCGAAAUUCAAAAGAACAGCGAUUCGCAUCCUUGGCACUACUGUCCGAGCAAAGAGAAUCCCGCUGACUUAAUGACAAGAGGAAUAUCAGCUCAACGACUGAUCGAGAGUCAGUUGUGGUGGAAGGGACCACCGUGGAUCGUCAGCGACGAGAGCUCGUGGCCAGGAAGGCCCCCAACGACACGGUUUGCGUCCGAAGAACUUGAAGAAAUGAAAUCCCAGGUGUUAACCACAGCUACUUCAACAUCCACAGUACCGGUUUUACUUGACAUCAACAAGUACAGUUCCGUACUCAAGCUUCAUAGGACAACAGCAUGGGUCCUGCGCUAUAUUCAUAACCUGAAAUCGCAUGUCAGGAGGAGUGGAGUACUGUCAACAGAAGAGAUCGAAAAGGCCGAAGUCCAUUGGAUAACGACAGUUCAACGGAUGACCUUUCAGCACGAACUGAGCUGUAUCGAAAAGGGCUCCAAACUUCCGAGCAACUCGCCAUUAAGGGACCUAACACCAUUCAUCGACAACGACGGGAUUAUCAGGGCUGGCGGAUGUCUACAGUUCAGCCGUGGAACGUACGACGAGCGACAUCCCAGGAUCUUGCCUGGAGAUCAUCAUUACACGAAGCUACUGGUUCGUCAGACUCAUCAUCAACUUCUUCAUGCGGGCAUCAGAGAUACACUCGUGCAACUACGAGAGAACUUUUGGGUUACCAGAGCUCGUCGACUUGUAAAAAGGGUCAUUCACGACUGCGUGACCUGCAAGCGUUUGAACGCCAAGGCAGCAAGCGAAACGGUUGCUCCUUUGCCAGCGGACCGAGUAACGGAAUGCCUACCGUUUGAAGUGGUGGGAAUUGAUUUUGCCGGACCUCUGAUGGUGAAGGAAGCUAGCAGUACCAAGAAACGUUACAUCGUCCUUUUUAUGUUUGCUCUGGUGCAUUUCACUCAAAAAGAUGAAGUUCAAGUUGUGCCAAGUAGUUGGGUGAAAGGCACGACUUGCAACUGGCCGAAGGUUGCAUCCGACAAGGCGGGGAGGCAAAUUAUGAAGGGUUUCCCGGUCACUGGGCUGCACGACACCUACCGUGUCACUGUAAAGGGUAUUUUCGCAACAUUCGAGGAGGCCUAUCAGAAGUUGGACCUCAUCCAGUAUACAUCAGAUGUAAACACCGACUCUGGCACAGAACAGCAGAAGCGAAAGCGUGCUCACACCAUGUCACAACGGUUUCUGGAAGAUGUCACAGAACAUGUGAAGAAAGGGUGCCCUGUCAUCGUCAUCACCUGCAUUCAAAAGCAUGUGUUGAAUGUUAUGUCAACAAUGAUGAGGACGACAAGGUCGCUUACACCACGAGAAUCUGUCGGUACACCUCAAGGGCCACGGAGGACAACACAGAAUGUCUCGCAGUCUGUGCCGCAGCACAAGACACUUUUGCCAGAAGAAGAAUUCAAACGACAAGUCCUGAGGCUACUUCACAUAAUGCGGCUGGCACUACAGCAACAGGGUGACCUACUGCAGGAGGUGUGCAGCCAGAAUAUUACUCAUUCUAGAGCUGCAACGUCACCUACUACACUAGUUAGGACACCUUUCGCAACUUCGGAGGAUCUCGAAGAUUUCAACAGCUCCCUAAAUGAACAGAAGGAAGCACAGCUUAUCCUGGCUACCUGUACCGUGAGCAUUGGGAGAGCACGUUGCAUCGUCAUAUUUGACGAAGCCACGGGCGUCGCCCACGAAUCGCAGGUAGUCGUCGUGCUGUGCUACAUGCACGAUGGCACGCUGAUGCCUUCCUUGAGUUCCUACCCCUACGAAAAUUACCACAUAGGACAUCUGAAAGAGUGCAGCAAAGAAGCCCUCAUUGAACCUACCGUUACAGACCAAGAUAUAGGAUGCACCGUUCUUGACAUCCUACAGAGUAAUAAUUUGGACCAAUAA